UUGUCAGAGUUCUUUCAUGGUGAGGCGCCAUGGCCGCCGAUCAAGAGCAAUUUUACCAAAUACUAACAACCCUUUUGUCCACUGAUAAUAACAUUCGGACCCAAGCAGAGGAAGUCUACAACAAUCUUCCCGUCGAGGCGAAAAUCAGCCAUCUUCUGGGGGCUAUACACAAUGGGAGUCUCGGUGAUGAGGCCAGACAGAUGUCCGCGGUGCUUCUGCGGCGGCUUUUCGCCAACGAGUUCAUGGACUUCUUCCCCAAACUGCCCCCAGCGAGUCAAGCCCAGCUGAAAGAGCAGGUUCUUUUGGCGAUCCAACAAGACCAGACAGAGCAGUUGAGACACAAAGUUUGUGAAGUGGCAGCUGAAGUUGCCAGGAAUUUGAUCGAUGAUGAUGGGAACAAUCAAUGGCCAGAGUUUCUACAGUUUUUGUUUCAAUGCGCUAACGCGCCCAAUAACGUCCUUAAAGAAGCGGCCCUGCAGAUGUUCACAAGUGUACCAGGGGUUUUUGGAAACCAGCAAAACAACUAUUUAGACUUAAUCAAACAAAUGCUGAUGCAGAGUUUAGCACCAGCUGAAGCUUACGAGGUUAAAUUCCAAGCGGUGAGGGCUGUGGGCUCUUUUCUCUUAAUUCACGAUAAAGAGACCCAAAUCUUAAAACACUUCGGAGAUUUGUUGGCGCCUAUGUUGAACGUGAUAGCUGAGAGCGUGCAGCAGCAGGACGACGAUACUCUAUUAAAAGUUUUGAUAGACUUAGCUGAAAAUACCCCUAAAUAUUUAAGACCCCAAUUACUACCAAUUUAUGAUAUGUGUAUGAAGAUAUUCAGCGACGCUGGAGCUUUGGAUAGUUGGAGACAGUUAGCUUUAGAGGUGAUGGUAACUUUAGCUGAGAUGGCCCCAGCGAUGGUCCGCAAAAACGCUGGAAAAUACAUGGAGCAACUCGUCCCUCUGAUUCUUCAGUUUAUGGCUGAUUUGGAAGAAGAGGAGGGUUGGGCAGAAGCCGAUGAAAUUUUAGACGAAGAUAAUGACUGUAAUAAUGUAGUUGCUGAGGCUGCGCUUGAUCGCCUUGCUUGUGGGUUAGGCGGUAAAGUAAUUUUACCUCUUGUAACUCAAAACGUGCCAGCAAUGUUGGCCAGUCCAGAUUGGAAACAACGACAUGCAGCUCUGAUGGCCCUAAGUACCAUAGGAGAAGGCUGCCACAAACAAAUGGAAGGCAUGUUACCCCAGAUCAUGGACGGCGUACCGGGAGUGAUGGACGGUGUCCUCAGAUACCUCCAAGACCCCCACCCUCGCGUCAGAUACGCCGCUUGCAACACCAUAGGCCAACUUUCGACAGACUUCGCCCCCGUUUUCGAAAAGAAGUUCCACGAUAGAGUCGUCCCGGGACUGUUGAUGCUCUUGGACGAUAACUGCAAUCCAAGAGUGCAAGCGCACGCCGGUGCUGCGCUUGUCAAUUUCGCCGAAGACUGUCCUAAACACAUCCUCACAACUUAUUUAGACAGUUUGAUGUCAAAAUUGGAGGGAAUUCUCACCGCUAAAUUCAAAGAGUUGGUGGAGAAGGGUACGAAGUUGGUGCUCGAGCAAGUCGUGACUACCAUUGCGAGUGUCGCCGAUACGGCAGAGACCGAAUUUAUCGCCUACUACGACAGGUUGAUGCCCUGUUUGAAAUAUAUCAUCCAAAACGCCAACAAAGAAGAACUGAAGUUGCUCCGAGGCAAAACCAUUGAGUGCGUCACUUUGAUCGGUAUGGCUGUGGGGACUGACAAAUUCAUGGCUGACGCUACUGAAGUUAUGGAUAUGUUGCUGAAGACGCACGGAGAGGGGGCCGAAUUGCCGGACGAUGACCCCCAGACCAGUUAUUUAAUUUCGGCGUGGUCGCGCAUAUGCAAAGUCCUCGGAAAGAACUUCGAGCAGUACCUCCCUCUGGUGAUGGGGCCCGUGAUGCGCACCGCCGCCAUGAAGCCCGACGUCGCCCUGCUCGACAACGAAGACAUGCAGGGCGUCGAGGGCGACGACGACUGGCAGUUCGUCUCCUUAGGCGAACAAAAGAACUUCGGCAUCCGCACGGCCGGGCUCGAGGACAAGGCCGCCGCCUGCAUGAUGCUCGUCUGCUACGCCCGCGAGCUCAAAGAGAGCUUCGCUAACUACGCCGAAGAAACCGUCAAACUCAUGGUGCCGAUGCUGAAGUUCUACUUCCACGACAGCGUCCGAAACGCGGCCGCCGAGUCCUUGCCGUGGCUGCUCGAGUGCGCCACCUGCAAAGGCCCCGCGUUCGUCCAGGACAUGUGGAGGUUCAUCUGCCCGGAAUUAAUCAAAGCGAUAGACACCGAGCCGGAGAGCGAGGUGUUGAUGAUCUUGUUGGACUCGCUGGCGAGGUGCAUCCAGACUCUGGGCGCUGGGUGCCUCGACCAGGAGGCGAUGACGGAGAUGUUGAGGAUCAUCGAUAAGUUGAUGCAGGAGCACUUCGAGCGGGCCAACGACAGACACAAGAAGCACUUGGACGAGGAUUACGACGAGGUUGUUCAAGAACAACUCGAAGACGAGGAGUCGGAUGACAUUUACGUUCUGAGUAAAAUCUCGGAAGUGAUACAUUCUCUGUUUUUGGCGUACAGGGAGAGUUUUAUUCCGUUCUUUGAUCAGAUUUGCAGCCACUUUGUCAAUUUGUUGGUGCCGACUAGGCCGUGGGCGGAUCGCCAGUGGGGGAUUUGCAUUUUUGACGACGUUAUCGAGUUCACGGGGCCAGCGUGUGCCAAAUACCAGGGGUUGUUCCUGCAGCCUUUGGCCUUGUACGUGAAGGAUAAGAGUCAUGAAGUUAGACAAGCGGCGGCGUAUGGUUGGGGGGUGCUGGCGCAGUUCGGCGGCGAACAGUUUGCGGGGGAAGUGGCCAAAAUUAUUCCGUCUUUGGUGGAAGUUAUCAGCGAUCCAGAAUCGAAGGAUGCGAGGAACAUAAAUGCGACUGAAAAUGCGAUAGCUGCGGUUACGAAAAUCAUGAAAUAUAACGCUUCUGCAAUUAAUUUAGACGAAAUUAUGCCGCUGUGGUUCAACUGGUUGCCGGUUAUCGAAGACGCGGACGAGGCGCCACACGUCUAUGGCUAUUUAUGUGAUCUGGUGGAGCAAAAUAAUCCACACGUUUUAGGUGCAGGAAAUUCAAAUAUUCCCAGAAUUAUCAACAUACUCGCUGAAGCCUUCUACAGAGAAGUGAUUGAUCCUGGUAAACCCGAAGGCUUUAGAAUGGUCAAUAUCAUUAGGCAGGUCCAGUCCAACGAGUCGUUCUUUCAAAGUGUAGUGCAGACUUUAGCUCCAGAGUUGCAACAUGCCCUACAUGUUGCUCUUCAUGCGAGAACUUCAUCUUAGUUAAUUUUUUAAUAAGAUUUCUUUUUAUAUGAGAUGAUAAAUUUUAAAGCAUGAGUUGUAGCUGACUAUUUUUAUGUUUAAUUAUUUUAUGGGAUCUAUUCCAACUUCUUUUUUACAAAAUUAAUGAUUAAAUUAUUUCAAUGUAAAUAAGUUUUGCAACUCUGGACUGUAUGUGAUACUCUUUUCUUUUGGAUAGCAUCGAGGACGAACAUAUUUUUGAUUGUUAGUGUUUUUAAAUAUAUUAAAGAAAAUAUCGACAUGAUGUUAAGCCACUUCAAUAAACUAAUUUUCUCUA